GUGGCUUCAGCUCCAGAUCCCAAAAUUCAUGCAACUCUCGCGGAGGAGACGGUUUCUACGCUGAGUGAUAACGAUCGCAUCCGAGAAGACAUCGAACCGAGUAGCGGAGAAUGGCGGCCGGAGGUUUCGUCACUCGGGCGUUCGAGUCCAUGCUCAAGGAGUGUUCCAGUAAGAAGCAUUCUUCUCUCCAGAUGGCAAUCCACAGUUGCUUAGAUGCUGAAAAGGCAACAGAUCAGCAGCACAUGCACAAUGAGAGUAAUGCAGUGACAUCUGCAGGCUUGAUUCAGAGUAGUCUGCCUGAAACUGAUGCUGGAUCCGGAACAAUGCACUCAACCCCAACUUCACCAAGCAAGACUCUCAUAACCACACUAGCAAAUGCAGGCCACACUCUAAGUGUAGCUGAGGCAGAGCUUGUUCUCAAUCCUCUUAGGCUUGCUUUUGAGACAAAAAAUAUAAAAAUUAUGGAGCUUGCUUUGGAUUGUCUUCAUAAACUGAUUGCAUACAACCAUUUAGAGGGAGAUCUUGGUUUUGAUGGUAGGGGAAAUGUGCCACUCUUUUCAGACAUCUUGGGCAUGGUCUGCAGUUGUGUGGAUAAUGUAUUACCAGAUGGGACUACUCUUCAAGUAUUAAAGGUACUACUUACUGCUGUGGCAUCAACCAAGUUUAGAGUUCAUGGGGAACCAUUGUUGGGUGUGAUUAGCGCAUGCUAUAAUAUAGUUCUUAAGAGCAAAUCCCCAAUAAACCAGGCAGCAUCAAAAUCUAUGUUAACCCAAAUGCUAAGUAUUAUCUUUAAGCGGAUGGAAACUGGAAACGUGGCCUCUACUUCAUCUGAUUCUGUUAAUCAGAAAAUGGCUGCUUCAGCAAAUGCACCUAACUUUGAGGUUGUGGAUAUGCCAUCUGAUGAUUAUAACAAAAAAGAAAUGAUGUUGGGAGAUAAAGUUUCUAGUAACCAAACCAAAGAUGAAUUUGUUGAUCCCACUCUUGAGGAACUUUAUAGUCUCGUGGGUGGGGCUGAUAUCAAGGGUAUAGAGGCUGCUUUUGAGAAAGCUGUGCAACUUGAAGAUGGUAAAAUGGCCGCAGGAGGGACAGAUAUAGAAAGCAUGAACAUUGGACUACAUGAUGCUUUGCUUCUUUUUCGCUCCCUUUGCAAGAUGGCUAUAAAGGACAAGAAUGAUGAACUUACAACUAAAACAUGCACUCUGUCACUGGAGCUUUUACAGGGUCUUCUGGAAGAUGUUAGUGAUCCAUUCAUACAUUUUAUUGAAUCUGUCAAAGCCCAUAUCUCCUAUACAUUGUUGCAAGCCUCGGUGUCACAGACUUCUAGCAUAUUUCAGUAUGCAACAGGAAUUUUCUCUGUACUUUUGCUACGGUUCAGGAAAAACCUUAAGGGUGAAAUUGGGGUUUUAUUUCCCUUGUUUGUUUUGCGCCCAUUGGGUGGACAAGACCCUAACUUUAAAACAGCUGUUCUCAGGAUGCUGGAAAAAGUCUGUAAGGACUCAAAGAUGCUUGUUGACCUAUACGUGAACUAUGAUUGUGAGCUCAAAGCACCUAACUUGUUUGAACACACGGCGACAACUUUAUCCAAAAUUGCCCAAAAUGCAGAUUCAAACUCAGUUGCUUCAUCUCUAAUGGGAUCAACCAAGUUGUCAUCCCUUCAGUGCCUUGUCACUAUGUUAAAAUCACUUGUUGAUUGGGAGAAGUGUCAACGAAAACCAUUAAGAGUUAAUCGAAGGAAGCAGUCUAUUGAAGAAGGUUUUAGCGGAAUAUCUGAUGAUAUAAGAGGUAGGGAAGAUUUACCCUGUGAUUUUGAUAAGUUGAAGGGCCAUAAAUCUACUAUAGAAGCUGCAGUCUCUAAAUUUAAUAGGCAACCCAGUAAGGGGAUAGAAUAUCUGAUAUCAAGUAGGCUGGUGGAGAGAUCGCCUGCUUCAGUUGCUCAAUUUCUCAGGAAUACUCCUAAUUUGGAUAAGGCCAUGAUUGGUGACUACUUGAGUCAGAAUGAGGAGUUUCCGCUUGCUGUCAUGCAUGCCUAUGUUGACUCAAUGAAUUUUUCUGGAAUGAAGUUUGAUAUGGCAAUUCGGGAAUUUCUUAAAGGAUUGCGACUUCCUGGGGAAGCUCAAAAGACAGACCGCAUAAUGGAAAUGUUUGCAGACCGUUACUAUGCAGCCAAUACUGAUCUAUUCAAGCAUGCAGAUACAGCUUAUGUUCUAGCAUAUGCAGUUAUAAUGUUGAAUACUGAUGCCCAUAGCCCAACAAUCUGGCCGAGAAUGUCGAAGGAUGAUUUCAUACACUUGAAUACCAUGAAAGAGGCUGAUGAAUGUGCUCCUAAGGAACUCUUGGAGGAAAUUUAUGAUUCUAUUGUUAAAGAAGAGAUCAAAAUGCCAGAUGCUCACAUUUCCCUUGCAGAAAGUAAUAAACAAAAGCUGGAACUGGAGGAGAGAUGGCGACUGGUCAGUAUUCUUAAUCUAAGUCUACCAAGAAAGAAUCAUUUGAUUGACUCAAAGUCCAAACGUGAGGCCAUCAACACACAGACAGAAGCUAUUUUUAAAAAUCAAGGUGGGAUAGAAGGGGUGUUUUAUACUUCAUACAAUAUUGAGCUAGCAAGCCCUAUGGUUGAAGCUGUAGGAUGGCCAUUGCUUGCUACUCUUGCAGUUACUAUGGAGGAAGGAGAAAAUAAAUCAAUGGUCUCUCUUUGUAUGGAAGGAUUUAAGGCUGGAAUUCACAUCACCCAUGUUCUCAGAAUGGACACCAUGCGCUGUGCAUUCUUGACAUCUCUUAUCAAAUUUAAUUUGUUACAUUCACCAAAGGAUAUGAGAAGUAAAAAUGUGGAAGCACUGCAGACUCUACUGGUUUUUUGUGAUUCAGAUCCCAAUGCCCUUCAGGAUACAUGGUAUGCAGUGCUUGAGAUUGUUUCCAGACUUGAAUAUGUUGUAUCUUCUCCUAGUAUGGCUGCAAAUCUGAUGCAAGGAUCUAACCAAACCUCUCGAGAUUCUUUUCUUCAAUCACUGAGGGAGUUGGCUGAAAAACCUGCUGAGCAACUGUUCAUGAAUAGUGCUAAAUUGACCAGUGAGGCGGUGGUGGAAUUUUUUACUGCUUUAUGUAAUGUUUCUGUUGAGGAAUUAAAACAGCUUCCAGCACGUGUUUUUAGCCUGGAAAAACUCAUUGAAGUCAGCUACUACAACAUUCCUCGUAUAAGAAUGGUUUGGGCAAGAAUAUGGUGUGUGCUGGCUAGUCAUUUCAUUUUUGCUGGGAAUCAUCCUGAUGAAAGAGUGUAUGUGUAUUCCAUAGAUUCUCUUAAGCAGCUUGUCAUGAAGUAUUUGGAGCGCACAGAACUCACCAAUUUCAGAUUCCAGAAUGAUAUUUUACAACCAUUUGUGACACUUAUGUGUGAUAGCAAAAGUGAAUCCAUGAGGAAACGUAUUGUUGAUUACAUCGUACAAAUAAUAGAGUUUAAGGCUAUGAAUAUAAAAUCUGGCUGGAGAAGUGUGUUUAUGAUUUUCACAGCUGCUGCAGAGGAUGCACUAGAGCCAAUGGUUGAAAGUGCAUUUGAAAAUGUAGAACAGGUUAUUCUGGAACACUUUGAUCGGAUUGUUGGAAAUAGUUUUGUGGAUUGUGUCAGUUGCUUAAUCGGGUUUGCCAAUAAUAAGUGCUCCCACAGAAUUAGUCUGAAGGCCAUUGCACUAAUUCGUAUUUGUGAGGAUCGCCUCGCUGAGGGCUUGAUGCCAGCUGGUGCAUUGGAAUCAUUCGAUACUAAUGCAGUUAAAAGUUAUCAUGUCACUGAGGAUUAUUGGUUCCCAAUGCUGGCUGGUCUCUCUGAUCUAACCUCUGAUACCCAGCCAGAGGUUAGAAACUGUGCACUUGAGGUUUUGUUUGAUCUGUUGAAUGAGAGGGGCAGCAAGUUCUCAUCCUCAUUUUGGGAGAGUAUUUUCCACCAUGUGCUAUUUCCCAUUUUUUAUCAUAGACGUGCUGGAAAAGAGAACUCUGAUUCUUCUAGAGAUGAAUGGCUUCGUGAAAAUAGCAAAUAUUCGCUCCAGUUAUUGUGCAACCUUUUCAUCACUUUCUACAAGGCUGUUUCUUUUGUGCUGCCUCAACUUCUCAGUUUGCUGUUAGAUUGUGCCAAAAAUGCUGAUCAGUCAGUGGUUUCAGUCUCUUUGGGUGCACUACUGCAUCUGAUUGAAGUAGGUGGACGUCAAUUCAGUUACAGUGACUGGGAUACGUUGUUGCAAAGCAUAAGAGAUGCUUCAUACACAACACAGCCUCUUGAGCUGCUGAAUGAUUUGGGAUUUGAAAAGGCAAAGGAUCAGACCCUAUCAAUUAGAGAUUUGGAAGUCUCUUCACCACAUUCAAGUAUUGGUGCUGAUGGCACUGCAAAGGUUCAAAAUGCAUUAAAAACACAAGAAGACAAUCAGGAGAUGAACCCUAUUGAUCAGAAAGAAAUUGAAGGAAUGCCUUCACCUUCUGGAAGAGCUAAGGAAUCUACUGCUUCUGAAGGUCUUCAACGGAGUCAGACAAUAGGUCAGAAAAUAAUGGGAAAUAUGAUUGACAAUCUAUUUGUCAGAAGUUUUACCUCUAAACCCAAAAACACGAAUGAAGCUUUGGUACCUUCUCCACCUAAGAUUUCUGAAGAUCUGAAGCCUGAUGAAAGAUAUGAGGAUGAAAGUUCAAUAUUGGCAACAAUUAGGAGCAAAUGCAUUACACAGCUACUGCUUCUAGGUGUCAUUGAUAGUAUUCAGAAGACGUACUGGAACAAGUUGAAGGCAGCGCAGAAAAUUGCUCUAAUGGACAUUGUAUUAUCUGUGAUAGAGUUUGCUGCAUCAUAUAAUUCAUAUUCAAGUCUCAGAUUGCGGAUACACCAACUUCCUGCUGACAGGCCUCCCUUAAAUAUUCUCCGCCAAGAGUUAACAGGAACUUCUAUCUAUCUUGAUGUUUUACAUAAGGCAACUGCAGAAGCUAAUACUGAAAAAGAUGAGAUGGACAAGACUGGUGUUUCUCAAAAUGGAGAUUAUUUGGGGAGAAGUAGUGAUGAAACAUCAAUAAUGGAAAUUGAAGAAGAUGAAUUUGAAGGAGUCGCAGAACAGAAGCUGGUGUCAUUUUGUGUAAAGGUUCUAAGUGACGCAUCUGACUUCCAAUUCAGCACAGAGGACAACACUAGUACAGAUGCUCAUCAAGUUCUAGAACUGCGUUCUCCCGUCAUUGUUAAGGUGCUGAGGGGCAUGUCCCAUAUUAACAGACGAGUAUUCAGGAAUCACCUCAAUGAGUUUUAUCCUUUGAUUACUAGACUCAUGUGCUGCGACCAGAUGGAUGUACGUGGAGCUCUUGCCGAUCUGUUAAGCAUGCAGGUUAAAGCGCUGUUGGUGUAAAAAUAUUUCAAGCUGGGAUGUGAGUGGAAGAAGUACAACGAAAGAGGCAUGGACGCAAUAGGAAGCCAUCAAUUUGACGUGCAACUAUGGAUUUCUGAGCUUAUUCUUGCUAUAUUUUAUUAUGCCAUAAUAAGAAGGUAGACUAGAGGUAAAUUUAAGUAAAGUUGUUUUUAUUUGUUCCGUUAGUUAUACUUUGAUGCACUGAACUUUUACGAGCCCUUUCAAAGAAUUCCAUU